GCGGGACUUUGCUUAGCGCCGAGCCGGGCACCCGGGACCACACCGCUCGGUCCCGGUCGCUCCCCGCACGGCUCGGCAAGUUGCUGCUCGGCUCGGUUUGGUACUUCUCGGUGUGACUCGGUCCGGAGCGGCACCGCACGGCUCGGCUCGGUGCAGUCCGGUGCGGCUCGGUUCGGUUCGCCCCGGUGCGGUGCGGCUGGGCGGUCCGGGAGCGCCGGCAGGUCCUGUGCUGCCUCGCUGGGGCUUGGCUGUGUGUGGGGCUCCCCAGCGUGGCUGCAGUGCCGUCGCCAAGAGGAAUGCUGAAACGAAGGGGCUAAUGAGCACCAGAGAGGGAGGAUCUAUAACUUCCAGAUGGCGAUGAGCCCGUAAUCCCUUUGGGAAGAAUUAGGGACUCAUCAGCACGGCAGAGACUGGCGAGGGGAGCAAAGCACGACACCUCCAGCUCCAGGUCUGCUGCAAGAGGCCGAGGAUAUCCCGAUGCCCACUGCCCAGCCCCAAGUUGCCUGGCUUUGUCUCACAGAGCCCUUGUGCUCCUGGGAGCCCAUCUCUGAGUGCUGAACUAUUUCUUGUUUUAAUUGAUUGCAUGUUCUCCCACCAAACUCCAUCCGGGCCCUGCUCCUCCUCAUGUAGAAAGAGACUUCUGCCCUUAACUGAAAGGCUUCUUCCUUCUGGGUUUUAUGUCCCGUGGAAGCAUUAAGCAUCAUUCUUGCUGGAUUUCAUCUCCCUUUGAAGUGUGUUUUGAGGAAUUACAGGCUUGUUCCCAUGGCUUUAUAAACUGCUAGGAUCUGAAGGUCUCUGCCUUCCACAUCACUGCUGCUCCCACCUGUCUGCGAUGGGGCGAGAGCAGGAACUGAUCCAAGCUGUGAAGAACGGGGAUGUACCCAGCGUGCAGAAACUGGUGGCCAAGAUCAAGGCAUCCAAGAGCAAGCUCCUGGGAUCUGCCAAGCGCCUGAAUGUGAACUACCAGGAUGCUGAUGGGUUCUCGGCGCUGCACCACGCGGCCCUGGGUGGCAGCCUGGACCUCAUCUCCCUGCUGCUGGAGGCUCAGGCCACCGUCGACAUCAAGGACAGCAACGGGAUGCGGCCCCUGCACUACGCAGCCUGGCAGGGGCGUGUGGAACCAGUGCGGGUGCUGCUGCGCGCUGCUGCCUCUGUCAACAUGGCCUCCCUGGAUGGGCAGAUCCCACUGCACCUCUCGGCACAGUACGGCCACUACGAGGUGUCAGAGAUGCUGCUCCAGCACCAGUCCAACCCCUGCCUCAUCAAUAAGGCGAAGAAAACACCCCUGGACCUGGCCUGUGAGUUUGGGCGGCUAAAGGUGGCACAGCUGCUACUGAACAGCCAUCUGUGUGUUGCCCUCCUGGAGGGACAGUCCAAGGAUGCCACAGACCCCAACUACACCACCCCACUGCACCUGGCAGCCAAGAAUGGGCACAAGGAGAUCAUCAGGCAGCUGCUGAAGGCUGGGAUUGAGAUCAACAAACAGACAAAGACAGGCACAGCUCUGCACGAGGCUGCACUCUACGGCAAAACGGAGGUGGUGCGGCUGCUGCUGGAGGGUGGCGUUGAUGUGAACAUCAGAAACACCUACAACCAGACAGCACUGGACAUUGUGAACCAGUUCACCACCUCACACGCCAGCAAGGACAUCAAGCAGCUGCUAAGAGAGGCAUCAGGAAUCCUGAAGGUCCGAGCUUUGAAGGAUUUUUGGAACCUUCAUGACCCAACUGCUCUCAAUGUCCGGGCGGGAGAUGUCAUCACGGUCCUGGAGCAGCAUCCAGAUGGGCGAUGGAAGGGGCACAUCCAUGACACUCAGAAAGGCACUGAUCGGGUCGGGUACUUCCCCCCCUCCAUCGCUGAAGUCAUCAGCAAGCGAACAGGCAUGGUUGUCCCUCGUGUGGCGCCCACGCAUCAGCGCCAGGGUCCCCCCGGGGCCCUCCCGGCCUCCCCUGGUGGGCUGCAGCACCUCCCCGACGAGUGUCCUCACCAGGCAGCCCCGAGCAUCCCAGCCUAUGGCCACCUCACCCUAACCCGGACGGCCCCAGGCCCUGACAGCUCAGCAGGAGACAGGAACAGCGUGGGCAGUGAGGGCAGCAUCGGAAGCAUCCGCAGUGCAGGCAGUGGCCAGAGCACCGAGGGCACCAAUGGGCAGAGCACCAGCAUCCUCAUUGAGAACGCCAGGCCACUGCCCUCCACCGGUGAUGACCUCCCACAACACCUUUUGGGAUCAGAGCCACACAAUGGGCAGUUGACCUCCACAGCAGGGCCACAGGGUCACCAGCCCCUGGGCAGCUGCCCCACUGGAGACAGAGUGUUCUCCCACCAGUUCUUGCGGCCUGAGCAGCUCCUAGAGGGAAAGGAUGCAGAAGCCAUUUAUAACUGGCUGAGCGAGUUCCAGCUGGAGUCCUACACUGCCAACUUCAUCAAUGCUGGCUACGACGUCCCCACCAUCAGCCGCAUGACCCCAGAGGAUCUGACAGCCAUUGGUGUGACCAAACCGGGCCACAGGAAGAAGAUCUCCACUGAGAUUGGGCAGCUCAGCAUCGCUGAGUGGCUGCCCAACUACAUCCCGGCUGACCUAAUGGACUGGCUCAGUGCCAUUGGGUUGCCCCAGUACCACAAAAAGUUGGUGAACAAUGGUUAUGACUCCAUCACCAUCGUGACAGACCUGACAUGGGAGGAUCUGCAAGAGAUCGGCAUCAACAAGCUGGGCCACCAGAAGAAGAUCAUGUUGGCUGUAAAGAAGCUCAGAGACCUCCGCAAAAGCCUCAAUCAAGCUGAAGCAACACUUGCAAGACGCAAAGUCCCUGGUGCCCUGGACAUUGUCACCAUAGAGUCACUGGAGAAUGGGGAGUGCCAGUCCCCACACACCCCCAAAAUGACAACCUUCCAGGACAGUGAGCUCAGCUAUGAGCUCCAGACAGCCAUGUCCAACAGUUGCCAUGAGACACUUGGCAUCAAGAGCAGCCAGGGGAUGUCACGGAGCCAGGAGAGCAUUGGGAUGCGGUCCCGGGGCUCAGGGCACUCACAGGACAAUGUGCUGUCCCGGCACCUCUCCAGCCCCUCGCAGGAGAGCCUGGGCAGUGGGGAGAGCAGCAGCAGCAGCAGUGGGCAGUCCUGUGCACCACCCCGCAGCAGGGAGAGCCCGGCCAGCCUGCCGGGACGGCCCAGCCCUGAGCCCUACGGGAAGCUUGUGUCCCCUGAGGGGCUGAAUGGCUGUGCCAAUGGUGGUGGGGGCAGCCCUCUCAAGGAGAGGAACCUGCCCGAAGGCACGGAUCAGCAUGCCCGGCCAGUGGCUCAGAAAAAUGGCGGCACACCAGCAGUCACCCCCUGUAGCCCUCCUCAGACUCCCAGCAAGACAACAGCCCCGUAUGUCUUCAUGUACCCGCACGUCUCCUUGAAAUCCCCAACAGCCCCAGAGCAGCCCAAGACCCUGGUGCACCCAUACUCUUCCAUCUCCCCUGGGCAGAAGAGCAGCCUGCAGACGUCAGCCCAAAAAGCCUUCUCCUACCUGCACAGUCAGUGUGGCCCCACAGAGCCAUCCUCCAUGCCACCCCUGGCUGGGGCAGCCCCAGGUACCUGGCAGGCCGGGGAGCAGCACAACGGGGGCAAAGGCUUCAAGUACAAGAAGCGUUCACACAGCCUGAACCGCUACGCGCUGUCAGACGGGGAGCACGAGGAGGAGGAGGGGGGGGUGCCCACCAGCACUCUGGGCUCCUACGCCACCCUGACACGGCGCCCAGGCCGCAGCCAGAUGCCACGGGCCUGUCUGCAGACGGACACCAAGGUGACCCGCAGCCAGUCCUUCGCCAUCCGUGCCAAGCGCAAGGGCCCUCCGCCACCGCCUCCCAAGCGCCUCAGCUCCGUCUCCAGCACCCUCACUGCCGAGGCAGGCAGCGAGCAGCCCCCCAGCCCCGAGCAGCAGCCCACAGCCCCCCAGGAUGCGGCUGACACGGGUGCCAGCCCCGGUGACCCCAGCCGUGGUGGGACAGUGAAGAGCCUGGCGGCUUCACUGGAGGAAACACCAGGAGCAAGUCUGCCCAGGCCCCUCCUGGCCCCAAAACCACUGCACGUGGCUCAGGACUGCCUCCCCAGGGCAGAUGUGAACAAUGAGUCCUGCAAUGGCGGUGACAGCAGCUGUGCCCUGCUUUCCAGUGCCAGCAGGGACCCGUUUGAGAGCAACAAGCCACGGAGACGGACAUACAGUGAGCCUAGCGCUCCUGUGACAGAAGCGGCAGCACAGGGUGGGCGGGAGGAUGCCUGUUCAGACACGGAGGAGGAGGCCAAGCCAGGAGUGUCCUCCUCAUCCUCCCAGAACAGCUCCAGUGAGUGCAUCCCCUUUGCAGAAGAAGGCAACUUAACCAUCAAACAACGGCCCAAGCCUACUGGGCACCCCAAGACUGACGCAGCUGCACCAGACAAGGAGCCCGGUUCCGAGCCGGUGGAGCGCCCCUGCUCUUCUGAGAAGGAGACAGCGGCGCCCACCACCACCACUAAGGAGCCGCCCAUACUGGAGUUCAACCUCACUGAGUCAGACACGGUGAAGCGCCGGCCCCGCUUCAAGGAGCGGGAGCCACUGCAGGCUGUGCUGAAGGCGUUCAGCAUGGCGGGACAGGCUGAGGGGGGGGGCAGCCCCCCCAUGCCCCAGUAUGCCCAGGCCCAAGCGGUGAGCAUCGCAGGACCCACUGUACCAGCACCAGCACCUCGGGCCGGGCUGGCUGGGGAUGCCUUUGAUGACGACAGUGUGGAAUUCAGGAUUGCUGAGAUAGAGAAAAGCAUCUUGUCAUUGGAGAAGGGGAUUAAGAAAGCCCCAAGCCCCACCAAAGCCCCCAGCCCCACAGAGAUGCUCGGCACUGCCGUGGUGAGGACACCCACUUCAGAUGUUCCCGCCAAGCACACCUCUGUGGCAUCCACCAAGCUGGUCUUCUCCGGGCCCAAGACCAUCUACCAGCAGGUCCUGCAGCCCUCCCGACACACUGUUGCUCCCUGGGCAGCUGCUGAGGCAGUGCCAGAUGUGAUUGGGCCCCUGGUGGAUCCAGGCUCACUGGCACUGGAGGCAGGCAGCAAGGUGUCAGGAAAGCCCUUGGCAGCUGCCCCGGGAGCUGCCCUGGCCCAGCACACCAACUCCAGCCUGGCCACCACGCUGCAGGCAGCCAAGAAGAAGAUCACAGCUGAGGAGGCAGAGAGCACCCCCCGGGCUGUGCACUCAGCAAAAAACAUCCUGGAAGACAUCAGCAACAUGUUUGAUGACCUGGCCGACCAGCUGGACGCGAUGCUGGACUGAGGCUUACUCCCCCUUCCCUUCCCCACCUCUGACCGCUCCACCACUGCCCCUCAUGACAGGGGGAGAGCGGAUCCAGCACAGAGCUGUGCCUCCAGAUCUCUUCAGCCAUCUCCCUUUCCACACUUUGCACUGCAGAUGGGAACACAGCAGCCUCUCCUCGCUUGCCCCUGGCUCCAUGUCACAUGUGCCAGCGUGGCCACGGGCUGGUUUCUGAGGGGGUCAGGCAUUUCCCACCAGACUGGCAGCAGGAGGAGAGCCCAGAGCUGCACAUGCAGUCCUAGAGGCUCUGGAGAAGCCCUCACUCCCUUGCACAGAGCCGAGGAGCCUCUACAAGGGACCUUUUUCUUUUGCCGCUGCAUUGCUGAGUUCUGCCUCUUAUUAUUAUUUAUCCCCUGCCAACAAUGUGUCAAAGGAGAGACCUCCCCAGGCAGCCGCCACCGAGCUGGCUAUUUACUGAGCAGAUCCGAGCCCCGGCAAGGCCCGACAGCAGCUAAAAGAAGACGGGGCUUGUCACAGUUUGGCAGCUUGCAGAGUGAGAAGGAACCUCUCUGCUUUGUUUGUUGCUUUUCCAAACGCAUCAGCAUCAGGCAGCGUGUAAUCCAAGCAGAUCGAAAUCCCUCCAGUGGGACCCACAGACCCCUCGAGAUGGGGCUGGCACAGCCUGCAGCUCAGUGGAUGCUCCACCAUGGCCCUGCCAGACAUGGAGGUCACCUGCCCCUUCCCUGGAGCAAUGAGGAUGGUGAUGGCAGUGCUGAAGCCGUGUGUGUCUGUCUGUCUGUCUCUCUCUCUCUCUCUCUCUCUGUGUGUGCCAGUCCAGCAGGAUCGUGCUGCUAACCAGAGGCUGCCCUCUUCUGACACCAUGCCUGCAGAAACCAUCAACCCACUGCUUCCAGGGUGAAAUAGCAGUGUGGUUACUUUUGUUUAUAUUUCCUCCCAUCUUUUUUUUUUUUUUUUUUCUUUUCCUCCCCUAUCUCUUUUUUUUUUUGGUGGGAGAAAAUACUCUCUUUUCCCACCCCACCUCCUCUUGGGGAGCUGCUGGCACAAACUCUGCCAUGAGCAUUGGUAUCAGGAGUAGCAGCACUUGGGACUCCAAGGUGCUCCCUUGCAGCACUAAAAGCCAGAGGGAGAGGUGACCCCACGUGCAUGGGGUGACUUCAGCCCCGUGGCUGCAGCUGGGGAGCAGCAGUGAUAGCUCUGUCACAUCCAAGCGGUAGGAACGGCUGCAUAGCUUGGAGACAGAUUUCUCCAGCAGGAUCUGUUCAGUAGUGCAUGUCUAAAUAUGUCCAAGAGCCCCGAACUUGGCUUGCACUCGGCAUGCCAAGCACAUGAAAGCAUCAGAGCACCAGAAGGGAACUGAAGAUUGUACUAAAGUGCUAUUUGCUACAAAAAAAAUGGGGAAAAAAAAUAAUCUACAUAUCCUUUUUUAAAAAAUCACCAAGAGAAAUCAAACUGGAAAGGGAGGAGGCUGAAGAGGCAGUUUCCCAGUCUUUUAAGGACUUUGCUACUGAAUUGCACUGUUUGCAGCCCCUGCAAGCAGAGCCCACCUCGACCCUCCUGAGGGUCUCUGCUCAUGAGCAGCAGUGGUGCCACAGGCUGGAUGGGGGGGAGGCACCUGCCUGGCUGAAAAGACAAAAAAUCCCUGGAAAAAAAAAAAAUAAUUUUUAAAAAUCACAUUGUUGGCUGGGACUUGAUGUCAGUUGGAGGCGGUUAAGACAUUUCUCUCCUGACUAAUUGGUUGCUCAGAUUUACACAAUCCAUCGAGUGUCUGUAAAUGACUGUGUCUGACAGGCAAGUGCUACGUCGUGGACCCAAUUGUUUUUAAAUAGCUACAGCCAGUGGCACUUUAUUAAAGGGUUUGCAGAAACCUUUUAAAACUGAUUCUACUCUCACAAGUGAACCUGGGACAAGCCCAGUUAUUUUUUUCCGAUGUUGAUAAACUGUAAAUGUUUUGGGUUUUUUUUAAAGGCCAAUGUACAUAUUUUAAAUGUGAUUUAUUAUAUAUAUUUACUAACCAGAACUGCAAGUCCUGUACUCUAGGGUCAGGGAUAAGAGGACACUGGGGUGGAGCUGUUGCUGUCUGAGCCACCUGAGGGCAGCACUACGCUGCUCUCAUUGUCAAUAAGGGAAUUAAACAUUUGAUUUUGCAGAAGAAUGCCUAUUUUUUAAGCUCUAGAUCUCUAUUUUGAAGCUACUGUAUGGUGUCUAAGUUAUGUACACUGCAACUGGGACUAACUGACCCCAGCUGCACCUGCUCUGUGCAGCAAGACAGUGAGGGGAAAAAUAGCCCAUGUAAUCACCAGACUGACAACAGAUUUUAAACCAUCUGCUCUGUUUGUGUUAAUCAUGUGUUUUGUUUUCCACUAACACUCAUUAAGACUAAAUUUUAUUAAACAGUGGGGCAUAUUUUACCCUUUUGAUA